CUCGUCACUCCCAUAAGGCGGCUACGUGAUGCGUCACGACGCUUGCGUGUAGUUGUACGUCACAGUCUCGCGUGAGGAGACAUGUGGAGUCGGGAUUUUCUGUAAGACAGGAGGCUAGGAGCUUGCAAUUAACAGCUUUACGGGAGGAGUAAGUAGCAAAGGUCAGGACCAGCAUGGAUAUGCUUUCGCCGGUAGUGCGGGAGGCAGAGGUUUCUAGAGCAGCUCGCCGCCAAAGCUCCAACAGGAGGAAUCCUGCUGAUGAGAGCUGGAGCAAUGCAACACCAGCAAGAGGCCCAUUAUCUCGCACAACAGGACAAACACUAUUUCGACAGCACAUGACGCCACAAACCUGGAAUUCUUCAAGGCCACCAGAUGUUUCGGCAAUACUGGGCACUGUAGGGCGAUCACCUCGCUUGGUACAGACUCCUGGGCGUUUGGCAAACAUGUCUAUGAUGUCCAAUCCGGAUGACAGUGUUUGGACAACAACUUUUUCUCCUGGGCGAACUGGCAUGUAUACUACUCUGGAUUCUCCUAGUUUUACUGAAGAUAUUACACUAAGUGCAGUAAUGCUUCAGGAGGAGGAUCCUGGGGAAGCAGCAACAAUGAGCAUGUAUCCAGAUUUUCUCAAAUCGUUUUUGGAACACCCUUCCAGUGCUGUAUUCGAACUUAUAGAGCAUUAUGAAGCUACGUGCAAUACCCAGAUUACUUUACUUAAAAAAAUUGUUAAAAGAGUAACGCCAGGGCAACAGAAGUUUUCGAAAACUGCCAGCAUCUUAUGGCUUCUCCAGCAAGAAAUGGUAACGUGGAGGCUUAUUGCAGCACUCUACAGGGAUCGUAUACAGUUUGCAUUAGAAGAGGAAAAUAUGUUUGAAAUUGCUGCACCCAAUGCCAGUGAGAAGACAGUUGUAGACAAACUUUUCCAAAGGGAUGCACUUGUUCGUCAAAGUCAGCUGGUGGUGGACUGGUUGGAAAGUAUAGCCAAGGAUGAAGUUGGGGACUUCUCUGAUAACAUUGAGUAUUAUGCAAAAUCUGUAUAUUGGGAAAAUACUUUACACACAUUAAAGCAGAGAAGCAUGUCAUCUUUAGGGAGUGGUCGUCCACUGGUGUCUGAAUUGGACCCUGAUGCCCCUAUCCGACAGAAGCUGCCUCUAGAUGAUCUUGAUCGUGAGGAUGACAUAAGACUGCUGAAGUACCUCUUCACACUUAUCAGAGCUGGCAUGACAGAUGAGGCUCAGCGUUUGUGUAAGCGAUGUGGGCAGGCCUGGAGAGCAGCUACAUUGGAAGGAUGGAAGUUGUACCAUGAUGCUAAUAUUAAUGGAGGAACUGAACUGCAAGCUGUGGAGGGAAAUCCAUAUAGAUGUGUGUGGAAAACCUGCUGUUGGCGCAUGGCAGAAGAUGAACAGUUCAGUAAAUAUGAAAGAGCCAUCUAUGCAACACUGAGUGGAAAUCUGAAACAGCUUCUUCCUGUGUGUGAGUCCUGGGAAGACACUGUUUGGGCACAUUUUAAGGUUAUGGUGGACAGUCUGGUAGAGCAAGAGAUCAGAGCAUCUGUCAUCUCAAUUAAUGAGGCAAAUGAGCUUCCCAGAGAGUAUUUGGAGGCAAACUGGACUUUAGAGAGAGUUUUUGAGGAGCUUCAAGCCACAGACAAAAGGAGGGUAUUGGAGGAAAACCGUGAACACUACCAUAUAAUUCAGAAGUUCGUUAUCCUUGCAGAUGUAGAUGGUCUUAUGGAUGAAUUCUCUGAGUGGUUGGCAAAUGAAAAAAAAUUACUGCUGGGACAUCUUCUGAGAUUCAUGACACAUCUGAUUUUAUUCUUCCGAACUCUGGGACUACAGACUAAGGAGGAGGUCUCUGUGGAGGUGUUGAAGACUUACAUACAGAGGCUCAUUAAUGAGAAGCAGAUUGAGCUGAUUGCUUUUUAUGUUAGCCACCUACCUCAGGAUCUUGCAAUUUCACAAUAUGCUGUGUUUCUGGAGAAUGUCACUGAUCCGGAGCAGCGGCAGCGGUGUCUAGAGCUUGCCAAGGAAGCAGGUCUUGAUGUUGCAUCUAUAACAAAGACAGUUGUUGAAAACACACGCAAAAAAGAUGCAGGGGAAUUUGCUCACCACAACCUUGCACCGGCUUUAGAUUCGGGGACCAGUGAGGAGGACCGAGCAAAGAUCAAUGUGAUUGAUUGGCUGGUUUUUGAUCCUGCUCAGAGGGCGGAAGCUUUGAAGCAGAGUAAUGCCAUCAUGAGGAAAUUCUUAGCCUCCAAAAAGCAUGAAGCUGCUAAAGAAGUAUUUGCCAAGAUUCCCCAGGAUUCCAUAGCUGAAAUUUACACUCAGUGGGAGGAGCAAGCAAUGGACAGUGCUCUGCCAGCUGAGGAUGAUAAUGCCAUCCGGGAACAUUUGUGCAUCAGAGCCUAUUUGGAAGCUCAUGAAGCAUUUAAUGAGUGGUUUAAGCACAUUAAUUCUCCUCCUCAAAAACCAACUUUGGUUGGACAAGCAUCAUUCACUGAGAAAGUGGCCUAUGAGCAUAAAGAGAAAAAGUAUGAGAUGGAUUUUGGUAUCUGGAAAGGUCACUUAGAUGCUCUAACAACAGAAGUAAAAGAGAAGAUCUACAAUGUUCUGCUUUUUGUUGACGGAGGCUGGAUGGUUGACGUCAGAGAGGAUACAGAAGAGGACCCUGAGCGGAGCCAUCAGAUGAACUUGUUAAGGACACUGUGCUUGCCAAUGAUGUGCUUUCUCUUGCACACUGUGCUACACAAUACAAAGCAGUACAAAGACUGCCUUAGACUGGCAGACAUUAUUUCAUCUGAACAUCAGAAGCUUUACAUGGUAUUUUCAAAGACAGAAAUGAGAAAUCUACUACAGAAAUUAAGAGAGUCAUCUUUGAUGUUGUUGGACCAACAGCUGGAUCCUUUGGGAUAUGAAAUCCAGCCCUGAGGGCCACUUAUCAUCACAGCACAUGGGCUAUUUUGGAUGUGUUUUAAAGGAAGCACUUCGAUUUUUUUUUUUCAUUUGUAAAGAUAAAUUACUAUUUUUGCAACUUUUUUUACUUAAAUAGUAGUUACAUUAUGUUUGGCAGGCUGUCAUGCCCUGUAUGUAAAAUAGACUUAAUAUUAAAGAUCAUUUGUUCCUGAA